AUGAUCUUGGCUGAAACGAAGAAGGAUGCAGUUCUGCAACAAGUGGUUGGUUUCAUCAAUAACGGUUGGCCAGCAAAUGCAAAGCAGAUUUCCGACCAUGAUGUCAAGAAGUUCUUCGCCAGACGAGAUGGACUCCAAGUCGUCGACGAAUGCGUUAUGUUCGGCGAUCGGAUCGUCGUGCCAUUUAGGUUUCGCAAGCGAAUCAUUCGUCAACUACAUCGUGGACACACUGGAAUGGACCGGAUGAAGUCUCUGGCGCGCAGCUACAUCUACUGGCCCAAUGUCGACGAUGAUGUGGCGCAGUUUGUUCGUCAAUGCAGAGCGUGUGCUGAAGCAGCAAAGUCUCCAACGAAAGCAACGCUGGAGUCGUGGCCCAUUUCAGUCCGGCCAUGGCAACGUGUUCAUAUUGACUUCGCUGGUCCUAUUGAUGGAUACUACUAUUUCGUCAUCAUGGAUGCUUAUUCCAAGUGGCCCGAAAUGUUCCGCAGUCGAUCAAUUAACACCACUGCAACUAUAGACAUGCUUCGUGAGACGUUUUCCCGUUUUGGCAACCCGGAAUCAUUGGUUUCAGACAACGGAACGCAAUUCACCAGCGAGCGGUUCCAGCAAUUUUGUUAUGCAAAUGGUAUCAAUCACCUCCGUACUGCUCCAUACCACCCGCAGUCCAACGGCCAAGCAGAACGAUAUGUCGAUUCCCUCAAGCGUGGCCUUAAGAAGCUGAGUUAUGGAGAAAGUUCACCUACACUGGAGCAUCUGCACACAUUUCUUUCGGUGUACCGCUCUACUCCAAACCCAAAUACUCCGGAAUCGACGUCUCCAGCUGAAGCGUUCCUAGGGAAACCUUAUUCCGUUACUCAAAUUGCAAGGAACCACAAACAAGAUGAGCAGUUCAAUCGUCAACAUGGAGCUGUCAAACGCAAUUUCAAAGGUGACGACUUGGUCUUUGUUGAGCAGCAUAGCAGAAAUGCCAUGUCCUGGGUUCCUGGCCGAGUCAUCGAACGGAAAGGUUCCGUAAAUUACAUCGUUGUUCUGGGCACAACAGGACGACUGAGGCUUAUUAGGUCUCAUAUCAACCAAAUGCGCCCUCGCUACGAUUGUGACACUUUUGAGGGAGAGACGCAGCAACUACCAUGGGAAAUCCUACUCGAUGAGUUUCAACCUCCAAUAACACCUGCACGAGUUAAUCCAGCAGUACCAUCUACAUCCGUUAACCCAGCACCCUCUGCAUCCGAUGGUCCUGUUCCAAUUUUGAUGCAACCGGUUCUGGAUCCAGCAUAA